AUGUCAGCUCCUUGUAAUUGCAAACAUGCAGAACCAGCUGCAGUCCCACCAUCAUCAUCAGCCUCCAAUCUAUCAGCGUUAUCCCCAGACCUUCAAAAGGAGUUUCAAGAUCCACAACAUCCAGCCAACUUGAUUUGCGAACUAUGUCGCUUAUUCUACGACAACAAUUGGGUCACUGGGACCGGAGGCGGGAUAUCAAUCAGAGAUGUAGAUGGACCAAAUCCCAACUUGGUAUACAUUGCUCCAUCGGGGGUGCAAAAGGAGAGGAUCCAACCUUGGGAAAUGUUUUUGGUGGAGUUGCCAAAUGAAAAGUUGUUGCGUACACCCAAUGACGUUCCUGAAGAAUUGACCAAAAAAUACAAGUACAAGCCUAGUGCAUGCACGCCUUUAUUUAUGAGUUGCUAUAAGAUGAGAGAUGCCGGUGCUUGUAUCCACACCCACUCUCAAAGUGCCGUUAUGGUGACUUUAUUAUUUGAAAACAAAGACUAUUUCGAAAUCAGCCAUAUUGAACAAAUCAAGGCCUUGCCUAAAUUGAAGUACAACAAGGAAACUGGUAAAGUGGAGAAAACUGGCAGCAUGGAGUACUAUGAUAGAUUGGUGAUCCCAAUUAUUGAAAACACUCCUCAUGAAGAGGACUUGACUGAUUCUUUGCAAGACGCAAUUAGGAAAUACCCAGGAACAUCAGCCGUGCUAGUCAGAAGACAUGGAAUUUAUGUGUGGGGUGAAACUGUGUGGAAAGCUAAAGUUUAUAACGAAGCAAUUGACUACUUGUUGGAGUUGGCAGUCAAGAUGCACCAGGCUGGGAUUCCUUUAGUUAAAAGUUCGUAG